GUGAGCCGUCUCAGUUCACAGAUGAGCGCGGGAUGUGUGGAGUCACAUGUCAAAGUGAAAGUGCCAUGACAUACAUAUGCCUUGCAGAGCAGGAGGACACGGCGAUGGACGAGGGUCACUGAGGCUUCGCUGAGACCCACAGUGUGACUCCACAGGCCUACGGUGACUGGGACUCGUGUGUAGAGCAGCGCCUUCCUUCACAGCGCAGCCCUCAGUCCUCGCCGACAGAGCGCAUUUACCCAGCUGAGCUGAACUGGUCGGCGGCGCCUUUGGCCACGAGCUGCAGUGUCCAGUGGAGCAUGUUGUCCGGGACGGGGCCCCGCAGCAGGAUGGAGCACUGCGUGAGCACUGCAGCACACGAUCCGCUGUAAAACUGAGAAAUUACAUUUUUUUUAUUUCCUCUGCGUGCUGUUCAUAACUCUCGGAGCAUCAGCAGAAAACGUCUGGGCCGUUUUGUUUCUUUACGUGAGCCUCGUCCCCUGUCCCGCCCCCCCGCGGAAAAUGGAUGUGUACAAGGAAGCCAUGGAUUACCUGCAGACGUGCAACAUAGCAGGGGUGAACGAGACGGAGACCGACCUCGUAGAGGACGUGUUUGGGGCGGAGGCUGAAGACAGCUUUACCACAACCGCCCUGCAGGCGGACGGCGCAGACCUCCCAGAAACACCGACCGACUUGUCCCCCGACGUCCUCCUGGACAGGAGGCUGCAGGUGCUCCAGAACAUCCUGAAGCAUGAGCAGCAGUACCUGAGCGAGCUGGAGACAUUGCUCACGCCUAUGAAGGCCCUGAAGGCCUCAGCCAGCACCUCCCAGCCAGUGCUGUCCAGCCAGCAGGUGGAGACGCUUUUCUACCAAGUGCCGGAGCUGCGAGACCUGCACCGGGACUUCUACAGCAGGCUGAGGGACAGGCUGGGGCUGCGCUCGGACCUGCAGCCGGACCAGGACAAACCGCAGGGACAGGGGGCCACUCACCCGCCUGUCGGAGACCUCUUCCUCAAGAUGGUGAGUCAGCUCGGGGUGUACCGUGGCUUCAUAGACAACUACGAGAGCGCCGUGGACAUUGUGAGGACGUGCACCCAGGCGGAGCCACGCUUCCGGACCCUGGCGGAGAGCAUGAUGUCCUCCAAAGGGCCAGACAACAGCAGAACCGAGUACACACUUGAAGCUCUGCUCUACAAGCCAUUGGACCGUGUCACCAAGACCACCCUGGUGCUCCAUGACCUGCUGAAGCACACGCCGCUGAACCACCCCGACCACAGUCUUCUGCAGGAAGCCCUGCGCAUUUCCAGCAGUUUUUUGUCAGGGGUCAACGAGGACUCGCACUGCAAGAGGGCCGUCACACUCUCCAAGGGCAUGAGACGGCAGCUGAUGCGCGACGGCUUUGUGGUGGACAUGUGUGAAGGCGAGCACAGCCUGCGCCAUCUCUUCCUGUACACAGACCUGCUGCUGUGCACCAAGCUCAAGGGUGGAGCGGCAGGAAAGCCGGCUCAGUACAGGUUCAGCUGGUAUCUCCCGCUGCCUGGGCUGCGUCUCUUUUGGGGGCCAGUGAAGGAGCGUCCUGUCGACCUCCAGCAACGGGUCUUGGCCAUGAGGGGGAAGAUGUUCCAGAUCAGGGAGGAGCUCCAGCAGAGAGGAGCUAAGGGCCUCGGGCCUCGAACCCUGGACCGCAGCUACAAGAAGCUGCAGCAGUGCGAGUUGUGGCUCUUCACCCACGCACCUCUUUUCUCUCUGGAACUGCACAGUCCGAGUGGCAAGAGCCACACUAUCAUGCUGCCCUCCCUGUUUGAGCUGGAAGAAUGGAGGGAUGCUAUCGAGAGCCUGAGAGGAAAGAACCAGGAGACGGUUCCUCCAGACCUGCUGGCCCUGACCAGCUCCUGUGUCAAACUGAGGAUGACCCAGCAGCCACGGCUGCAGAGCCUCCUGCAGGACUUCAGGGAUGAGGACCUGCGUGGGACACUCGGUGUGGUUGUCCAUUCUGCCUGCGGACUCCAAUAUCCAGCCAGUCUCUCCGUGCACUUGGAGGCCGACGGCUACCAGUUCUUCGAUAACGCAGCACAGACGCGGCCAUCGCUCAGCAGUCUUGAGCCACAGUGGGACGAGGAGUUCUCCCUGCUGGUGGAUGGAGCGCACUGUCUUCGGCUGCUCUCUGUAAAACACCCAGAAAGUAGAGAGAGCAGCAAAGGGGUCCAAGUCCUGGCAAGGAGCUGCAUCCAGUUGGAUCCUGCUUUGCUGAAGCGCUGGAGGAAGACAACUGUGUCCCUCGGUCCAGUGGAGGUGUCCAUCUCACUGCGAUACUCAGCACACCCCCUGGUACCGCCGAGCUCCACCCCCACCCAGCAGCCGCCCGUCUUCGGAGUACAUAUUGCCACUCUGGCCCAGCAGGAGGGGGUGCUGGUGCCCCAUGUCGUGCGCUCCUGUGCAGAGGAGGUGGAGCGUCGUGGCCUGGAGGAGGUCGGCAUCUACAGGAUCUCGGGAGCAACCAGUGACAUCCAGGCUCUGAAGAGCAUCUUCAAUAUAAACGUGCGGGAUGCCAUGUCUCGGCUGCGCUCGCUUGAUGUGAACACCGUGUCCGGAGCCCUGAAGCUGUACUUCCGGGAGCUUCCCGAAUCACUCAUUCCUGCAGAGCACUUCCAAAACCUGGCCGCAGCCCUGGAUAUCACUGAUGUGUCCAUCAAAAAGGAAGCCAUACUCUCCAUCCUGCACUCGUGUCCUGAUGUGAACCGAAACACCUUCCUCUUCCUCCUCCACCACCUCCAACGGGUGGCUGAGAGGCAGCACCUCAACAAGAUGUCGCUGUUGAACCUGGCCACUGUAUUUGGACCCAGCCUCGUCCGUCCUCCCGCUAUGAUGUUGGGGCAGAGUGCCCCCCAGGUCGACAUCUCCCAGGAAGUGGUGGUGCAGGUCCAGGUUGUCUUCUUCUACCUGCAGUGCCAGGACCUCCCCAGACCCUUGGCCUUAGCCCCGCUGGAGAGGGAGGAUGAGGAGCCUGCAGACACCAUCCUGUAGGACACGUCACCUUCAGCGGUAGAGGUGUCCCCACUCCAGUGACCAGUCCCAGCAGAGUGUCCUCUCAGACCUUCUGGCAGCUUGCUGACAACAGUGUCCUUUCACUGUGGACGUCAUGGAGAGCAUCGAAAGGUCAAGGGUCACAGUUCAUUACCAACUGUUGGUGGUGCUCACAGCUGCUGUGUCAUUCGAGACACCCGAUAAACAAUUGUCCUUGAAAUGUAUGCAAUAAAUGUAGAAUGAGGAGCGGACAAAAGAGGCAACAGCGCACUGCGUUUACUGGACGUGGACUGGACAUUUACCAUGCUUCACUGUGGUUCGAUUCGGUUCGGUUCGAAGAUGCUUCGGAGCCCAUUUCUCAGUGCUCUUCUCGGAAGGGGGUUAGACGUUUUGUGCAUGUGGGCUCAAAAGAAAUCUCUCCUUGGAGAUACGCGCAGGUUCAAAGGGAGGAGCGAAGUGCCCCCCCACAGCAGCGGAAGGGAGAGUCGCCCCAUAAUCUGAGGGUAGAUGUUCAUUUUCACGCUCCACUGUCAAGGGGGUGUUAAAUACAAUUGGUCAUGGUUCAAAUUCAACAAGACGGAGUUCAGAAAAACUCACGCUGGCACAUGAAAGGAGGCCCCCCGGUGCCCCCCGGGCCGCCCCCCCACGGUCCGGUGUACCCUUACAGCUCAACUCCUGCGCCACCUGGGCUGCCGGGGUUAGUGUUACUGUCCGCAAGACUGCCGUUUGAUCGCUAAUCCCAUCCCCGGCCUGAGCUCUAUCCCAGCAUGCAUUCCGGGGGGUCCAGGCAAGCGCAAACCCCCCCAGUAUCAGGUGUGAGUAAUAACGGCGUCCCGACACAAACAGACGUCACUUGACGGCAUGCGGUCGUAAAUCACCUGUCCCUGCAGCCCAGACCACAAUCCGGCAAAUUGGGGAGCUGUUCCGGAAGAAUCUGAGACCAAAUCGAAGCCGCGUCGAAAAUCUGGAGCCUAAUGAAGGUGCUCAUGCAGUGAGCUACUUGUGCGGGACUCCUGCAUAUUGUCUGAAAUGUGUUACGUUUCGGGCCUCACUGGACAAUAUUCUGGGAACGCAGUUUGACAGUAAACACAGGCGCCUCAUUCAUGAACACAGCGGGGACCAGAAGCCUGUUUGUAACUUGUUUUGUUCAUAACUCCAAACACACAUUUACUACUAAGUCAUAAUCAGUAAAAGUGAUAAAAUAGAGCUCUGUUCAUUUAUUUGCAAUAAAAUGAUUCAUAUUUGUGUUACAUCAGAGCUACAUGAAAGUUAAAACUAAUUUUAAAACUCUGCCAAUAAAAAUAUUUCAUAUUUGUCCCCACAAACUCCUACUCGGUGCUCACCCAUGAACACGUACAGUGUUUUUCUCCUUGUUAUUGGUCACCG